GUUACGGUGUUACCCCUUGUUUUUCCGCUCUACUUUUAAGUCUGGUUCAUUUUCAAAUUCAAUCUCCGGGAAUUUCCCUCUCUCUCAGAGGCUGUUGAGUUAGUUAAGAUGGGAGUGAAGAAUUUAUGGGAUAUUCUAGAAUCAUGCAAGAAAACUCUUCCACUUCACCAUCUUCAGAACAAGAGGGUCUGCAUAGAUCUAUCUUGUUGGAUGGUGCAACUUAAAAAGGUUAACACAUCUUACGCUUCUCACUACGACAAGCUCUAUCUCAGGGGUCUCUUUCACCGUCUCAGAGCUCUUAUUGCUUUGAAUUGCACCCUCAUCUUUGUUACUGAUGGCUCAAUUCCUGCGAUCAAAUUAUCCACUUACAGAAGGCGCUUGAACGUAGGGUCUGAGGUGACUGAGAAUGAAGCAAACUCAGAUAAAGCGGCAUCACUUCGAAGAAAUAUGGGAUCUGAGUUCUCAUGCAUGAUUAAAGAAGCAAAAGCUCUUGGAUUAGCAUUAGGGGUUCCUUGCUUAGAUGGGAUUGAGGAAGCUGAAGCACAGUGUGCACUAUUAAAUUUGGAAUCGUUGUGUGAUGGAUUUUUCUCAUCAGAUUCUGAUAUCUUUUGUUUUGGUGCAAAGACAGUGUACAGGGACAUUAGCCUUGGGGAAGGAGGCCAUGUUGUUUGUUAUGAAAUGGUUGAUAUACAAAGAAAACUUGGAUUUGGAAGGAACUCAUUGAUUACUAUGGCCCUUCUUCUUGGAGGUGAUUACUCCAAAGGAGUUCACGGUCUAGGCCCAGAGUCAGCAUGCCAGAUUGUUAAAUCCAUUGGAGAUAAUGUUGUUCUUCAACAAAUUGCCUCAGAGGGACUGUCCUUGGUAAAAAAGGCCAGAAAUUCAAGGAAUUUAAAUGGAAUUGAUCGUUAUUCGCCAGGAGAGAAUCAGUUUUUGGCAGUGAUUGAUGCAUACACAAAGCCGAAGUGUCACUCGGCAGACUCCGAUGCUGUCUACAGGGUUCUUGUUCAACAUCCAUUUUUGCGUACUAAACUUCACCAUAUAUGUGCACAGUUCUUUGAGUGGCCUCCAGAGAAAACAGAUGAGUAUAUCCUUCCAAAGAUCGCUGAAAGAGAUUUACGGCGAUUUGCUAAUUUGCGCACUUCAUCAGCAGGAGUUGAACUUCCACUACAUAAGAUGCCAGUUAAGUGCCCUGUAACAGCAAUUAUUAAACCUCGUAAAGUUCAGGGAACAGAAUGCUUUGAGGUCUCAUGGCAAGAGUCGUAUGGCCUAAAAAGUUCCGUGGUUCCAGCAGAACUGAUACAGAGUGCAUGUCCUGAAAAAAUCGUGGAGUUUAAAGAGAGAAGAGCUGCCCCAAGAACAAAGAAAUCGAAACCCAGAUCUCGUGUGUCUGAAAUUGAUCAGAAACUCCAAGCUCUGAUGCUUGAUAUUGAAUCAGAAAGCAGUGCCGUUCACAAUGUCACCUUUUCUUCAAAAACAGUGAUGCCAGAAAACAAUUCUGGUGUUUCAGAAGUUAAUUUUACAAGGCAUGAUACAUUACUUAUUGCGGAGUCAGAAAGCAAUGGUGAUGGCAAUCCUACAAUGCCUUUGUAUCAAACUGCUAUAGAGUCGGACAUUAAGGCUGAUGGCAAUGCCACAAAUACAAUGCCUUCGAAUCCAACUGCUCCAACUGUUGCUAAAGAUGAAGUCAUUGAUCUUAUUAGCCCUUCACCAGCAUGCUGCCGUAAUGUUACCAGAAGUCGAAAAAUGAAUGAUCAGCCUAUUAGUGUAAUUGAUUUAAGUGAUUCAGAAACUGAAAGAUCACCUGAGCAUGAGCGGAAAGCUAGAGAGCUUCGAUUGUUUCUAGCCAGCGUCAGAGAAGAAAAACUCUGAAACCGCCAUCAAGUUUAUGUAUAUUUAUGUAUUGUAUUUGUAAUUUGUCAAUAAGUACAAAAUGACUUACAUUGGUCAGUUUCUGACCAGACAGAAAUGGUCUUAUUGGUAACUUGAUGCAGUAUCCCGAUUAACUCAACUUUUCAAUUUUUU